CUGCUGCCCUGGAUCAUCAGCAAGAAGGGGGCUGUGGACACAGAGGACGUGGGGACGGGGCCACCAGGGCCACCAGGGCCACCAGGGCCACCAGACCCUGCUCCUUCCAAGGAGGGGGAGGAGGAGGAGGGUGAAGAUGAGGAUGAAGAUGACUGGUGGAGCAAGUUCUAUGCAGCCAUGGGGGACAAGGAGAAGAGUGGGAAGGGGACAAACCAGGAUGGGCUGAAGGGGCUUUUCCGUCUCUACCCCCUGCCCGAGGACCCUGGGGUGCCCCCCCCACCCCGACACUUCCAGGAGCUGCCCCCGAGUCACCCCCAAAAGUGCCUGGUGAGGGUCUACGUGGUUCGGGCCUUCGACUUACCCCCCCGGGACAGGAACGGGUUCCCCUCUGUGCCAUCCCCUGCCACCCUGAGGUUCCCCUCUGUGCCAUCCCCUUGUGCCACCCUGAGGGUGCCCUCUGUGCCAUCCCCUUGUGCCACCCUGAGGGUCCCCUCUGUGCCAUGCCCUUGUGCCACCCUGAGGUGUGACCCCUACAUCCGUGUGUCCCUGGGGAGGACCUCGCUGGGCCGGAGGGACCAGUACGUGCCCAACACCCUGGAGCCCGUUUUUGGCAGGUGGGGCAAGGUGCAGAUGUGGGUGGACAUCUUCCCAGCCAGCCUGGGACCCCCGGGUCCCCCCGUGGACAUCACCCCCCGCAAGCCCCAGAGGUACGAGCUGCGCUGCGUGGUCUGGAACACGCGGGACGUGGACCUGGCGGACGUCAGCGUGUUUGGGCAGAGGAUGAGUGACAUCUAUGUCAUGGGGUGGCUGGAUGGGCUGGAGGAGCAGAGGCAGAAGACCGACGUUCAUUACCGCUCGCUGGACGGGGCCGGGGCCUUCAACUGGAGGUUCCUCUUCUCCUUCGAGUACCUGGUGGGUGAGCAGCUCUGUGUCCUGCCCCGCAAGGAGCAUUUCUGGAGCCUGGAUGAGACGGUGCAGAAGGUGCCCCCCAAGCUCAUCCUCCAAGUGUGGGACAACGACAAGUUUUCAGCAGAUGAUUUUCUGGGUGUCCUGGAGCUGGAGCUCACCCGCCUGCCCCAGCCAGCCCAGUACCCGAAGCACUGCACCCCAGCCUUACUGGGACCCCAAAAAAAGCCCUGGCCCUGGCGGGGGACACGGGUCCCCUCCCUGGUGUCCCUGUUCCGGCAGCGACACGUGCGGGGCUGGUGGCCCUGCACGCUGGAGGAGGGCGGCAAGCGGCGGCUCUCGGGGAAGCUGGAGCUGAGCCUGGAGCUGCUGACGGCCAAGGAAGCCGCGGAGCGACCGGUGGGGGAAGGCCUGGCGGCCCUGCUGCUCCUCGCCCUGCUCCUCACCUUCAUCUACGCCACCCCGGGUUACUUGGCCAUGAGGCUGGUGGAUCCUCUGCAGAGCUUGCGCUUCACUGGGGGCCAACACGGAAGCAAGCCCUGA